GCUGCAGAUCGUGCUGUCUGACAGCGGUGCUCUCCAACCCACGCUGCACCACCUCUGUAUCGCUUGCUUUUUUUUUUCUCUUUUUUUUGGGAACUAUUCGGCCAUUUUUACCCACCACCUCCCUCCCUCCUUUUUUUUUUUUUUUUUUUUGCACAUUCUUUUUCUCGAGUUUUUUCCUCCUCGCAUCGACUGCUUCUGUUGUGCCUCGGUCUCGACUUCACAGAGGAGAUGGCCUUCGUUGGGCGUGCAGUCCAGCGCCUCGUAUCAGCAGUGCGUCCCUCUGGAGCCCCACUGUGCCGGACAAGCUCUCGGUCUUACAGCACUGAACACACCAGUGAAAAGAGUGUCCCCUAUGAAAAGACACUCAAACAGGAGGAAGGAGCUUCCACAGGACCCACUAAGCCUUUACCAAGGUCAGCUGAUGUGGUGGUGAUUGGAGGAGGGAGUCUCGGCUGUCAGACCGUCUAUCAUCUGGCCAAAAUGGGGAUGACCAACGUAGUUCUGCUGGAGAGAGACAGACUGACUGCUGGCACCACCUGGCAUACGGCCGGCCUUCUGUGGCAACUCCGUCCCAGUGAUGUGGAGGUGGAGCUCCUGGCCCACACUAGGAACGUGAUCAGCAAAGACCUGGAAGAGGAAACGGGUCUCCACACUGGCUGGAUCCAGAAUGGAGGACUCUUUAUUGCUUCCAACAAGCAAAGACUGGAUGAAUACAAGCGCCUCAUGUCGCUGGGUAAAGUUUAUGGCAUCGAGUCCUAUGUUCUGUCACCUGCGGAGACUAAGGACCUUUAUCCCCUCAUGAAUAUUGAUGAUCUGUAUGGAACGCUGUAUGUUCCCAAAGAUGGCACCAUGGACCCUGCAGGCACCUGUACCACCCUGAGCAGAGCUGCCACAGCCAGGGGAGCCAAGGUGAUCGAGAACUGCCCAGUGACCGGAAUCCAAGUGCGAACGGACGACCUUGGGGUCAAGAAGGUUAAGGCGGUGGAGACAUCUCAUGGAACCAUUGAAACACCGUGUGUGGUGAACUGUGCAGGUGUGUGGGCCACCAAGCUUGGUGAAAUGGCUGGAGUCAAUGUUCCUCUUAUUGCCAUGCAUCAUGCUUAUGUGGUGACAGAGAGGAUAGAGGGCAUACAGAACAUGCCAAAUGUCAGGGACCAUGACGCAUCCGUGUACCUGCGCCUUCAAGGUGAUGCUCUGUCUGUGGGUGGUUAUGAACAAAAUCCCAUCUUCUGGGAGGAGGUGUCAGAUAAGUUUGCCUUCAGCCUGUUUGACCUGGACUGGGACGUAUUUAUGCAACAUAUCGAGGGAGCUAUAAAUAGAGUUCCUGUUCUGGAGCAGACUGGGAUCAAGUCCACUGUCUGUGGACCAGAAUCUUUCACUGCUGACCAUAAGCCACUGAUGGGAGAAGCACCAGAAGUUCGAGGUUACUUCCUAGGCUGUGGCUUCAACAGUGCUGGUAUGAUGCUGGGUGGUGGAUGUGGCAGAGAGCUCGCUAAGUGGAUCAUACAUGGCCGGCCAGAAAAGGACAUGUAUGGAUAUGACAUCAGACGUUUUCACAGUUCGCUGACAGACAACACACGCUGGAUCAGGGAGAGGAGCCAUGAGUCAUAUGCAAAAAACUAUUCUGUAGUGUUUCCCUUUGAUGAGCCACUGGCCAGCCGGAACAUGAGGAAGGACCCUUUCCAUGAGGUGCUGACAGAGCAAGGCUGCAUGUUUCAAGAGAGGCAUGGUUGGGAGAGACCUGGCUGGUUCAACAAAGAUGGGCCGGCUCCUCCUAAAAACUAUGAUUACUAUGGAGCUUACAACAUUAGGAACAAUGAGAACUACAAAUACAAAGAACUCCUCGGCAAAGAGUACACCUUCGACUUCCCUCCGCAUCACGAUGUGAUUAAGAGUGAGUGUCUCUCAUGCCGACAUGACGUCGCUGUGUUUAACAUGUCCUACUUUGGGAAGUUCUAUCUCACCGGACCAGAUGCCAAGAAAGCAGCCGAUUGGCUCUUCUCAGCUGAUGUCAACAAGAAGCCAGGCUCCACUGUAUAUACGUGUAUGUUGAAUAAAAGAGGAGGGACGGAGGCCGACCUGACGGUGAGCAGGCUGGAGCCGGGCGCUGCCAAGCUGCCACUGGCACCGCAAUCAGACGGUGAUGCAUACUACCUUGCCAUUGGAGGCGGUGUCGCCGAACACAACUGGAACCACAUUAGGACCGUUAUUCAGGACCAAGGCUUCCACUGCCAGCUGACAGACCACUCCGAAGACAUGGGGAUGAUCAGCAUUCAGGGGCCUAAGAGUCGAGAAGUAUUGCAAGAUGUUUUGGAUGCAGAUCUCAGCAACGAAGCGUUUCCCUUCUCCACCCAUAAGCUUGUGAACGCAGCAGGAUAUCAGGUGCGAGCAAUGCGUCUGUCAUUUGUCGGAGAGCUCGGCUGGGAGCUCCACAUUCCCAAAGACUCAUGUGUACCCGUCUACCAAGCUGUCAUGGCCGCCGGUGCAAAGCAUGGCAUCAUCAAUUCAGGCUACAGAGCAAUCGACUCUCUCAGCAUAGAGAAGGGGUACAGACACUGGCACGCUGACCUUCGGCCUGAUGACACACCUUUGGAGGCGGGGCUUGCUUUCACCUGCAAACUGAAGAGCUCCAUCCCGUUCCAGGGCCGGGAAACGCUAGAGAGACAGAAGGCAGAGGGACUGAGGAGGCGUAUCGUCUGUUUCACCAUCGAUGAAAAAAUACCAAUGUUCGGUCUUGAGGCCAUAUUCCGUAACGGCGUCCCUGUUGGUCACCUCCGACGAGCCGACUACGGCUUUUUCAUAGACAAAACUCUUGGUUAUGGAUACGUCCACAACCCUGAUGGAGGACUGGUCAGUGCCGAUUUCAUUAAAAGCGGCGAGUUCACGCUCGAAAGGAUGGGAGUGGCAUACAAGGCCAAGGCACACCUCAAAUCUCCGUUCGACCCUGAAAAUAAACGGGUUAAAGGAAUCUACGAAUGACUCUGUGGUUAGAGAAUAAUAUGCAACCUGCUGCUUUUCCACAUUCAGUUGCCACUACAAUUGUAUACCUCAAAUGUGAAGUGAUAAAGUGACAUUUAAGGAGAUUGAAUAUUUGCUCAUUCUUAAACGAUUUAAAUGUUCAAAAUCAAUCGUAUAAGAGCACACCGUUCCUCGACGUGUGCUCUUAUACAAUUAUUACCAUAAAAUUGCCACCAGUUCAAGACUUUAUCACGACAAAAUGUUUUCAGAACAAAAUAAACUCCACUGUCCUUUGAGCAAGCAACCAUAACUCACUCAGAUACAUUUUUUUCUUUUUUUUUCCCAAACUUGCAGUCCAUUAGGGGAAAUUAUCAAGUGCAGAUUUACUUUAAAGACUCCCGUUUUAACUUUGAAAGUCUUACUUCCUGCAGCAGCUCACUUUGCACUGAGUUGUUGAACAGAAUUUAUUAUCAGGACCAUUGACGUGUGUCUGUGUUGUAAAUUUUUAUGUGAAGCACUGAGAGUAUCCUGAACCAAAGAAGUCCUAAAAGGGCUUGGAAAAGAGAUUGUACGUGUGUGUUUUCACUCAAAGUAAAUCAAAUGCUGCAGCUUCCCAGGUAAUUGAGUAUUUAAUGUAAUUUGGCUUGAAUUAUUCAUAUUUUUUGGAAAAAAGAAAAACAGCUUUGUUGCUCUCAGCAACCAGAGAUCAAGGCUUCGUCCUGAAGGGUAAAAUAUUCAGUAAUCUAGCAAACUGACUGUGAGUGACUUCCUGCUUCUUGCUUCAAAGUUUUAUAACUGUCCUUUGGGCGCUUCCUGCCCAAAGGACUGAAAUACAGUUAUGCUUUUUAUGAGGUCAACUUUUUAUCAUGAAUAUUUUUUAAUAUUGAUGCAACAGAGGUCACAAUAUUCCAUGAAGGCUCUUUUUGCUCCAUUCGGUUUUUAAAAAAGUACUUACAGGCUGUGAGCGCUGCUCUUUUUCUACAAGUAAAAAACUUGUAAAAAAAAAAAACAAACUUUAAAAAAAUAAAUAGUGCACUUUAAAAAAAACAAAAACUUUUUCAACCAUUUCUAAACAUCAAAUCUCCUAAAAUCACUGUGUCUUAAGUUGUAUGUUUGCAGUAGGAAUUUGUCCCUGGUAAGUCUGAGAAUCAGACUUCUAUAUAGUCUCCGUCAAAUCACAAACCAAAUUUUACAUAAGAAAAUGGCUGCAAUAUGGAAGCUUUCAGUUUUUGAAGUUACUCUGAUCCUUUGAAAUGGAGCUUUGUGAAAGGACAGAAGAGAAAAUAUUUCAAGGUUUUAAUCUAUUUCUGUUAUGGUUUUAUGUUUCAAGACAGAAACAAAAACAACCAUAACCCUUAAGGGAUGUGCAUCAUUAAGAGAUUUUAAACUUAAAAGAAUGGAGGCUGCUGCUCUGAGCGCCGUCAGCUUAGGUUGUUAAACUAAUCGCUAUAAUUUAGAUGUUAAUUCAAUUUCAAAGAGCAAGAUAAUUGGAGACUAAUAUUCAAUGCCAAGUUUUAAUCGUGAUUGAAGCUUCUCUGGUUGAGGGUUCAGGGUCAUUGAAUUCUAGGGUUGAAGUUUCAGGUUAGCAUAAUAAAAACACAACUUCCGUGACACUGAAGCAGCAAAAGUUUUGCAAGAUCGCAGUGGGUCAUUGCGAUAACUCCAUUUGGUUUCCGUUCCCAAUUGUUGUCAUUCAUUCUAGCAACAUCUGUCAUCGUCACCUUCAAUCUCAGUUCUUUUCUUGUUUAUUCGCAGAGGCUUUCUUGAUAAUCCGUCUGUUUCCUUACCUUUAUAAGGUCAAUUCUUGGUUGGUCAGUGAAAUUAGAUCUAUCAUUUUCAUUUCCUCAUAAUUAAGAUUAUUUUUGCCAGACAGGAAUCUACAGGAAGUAGCAAAUAGCCAUAUUGUUAACAUGAGUAUGGAGUAAAAUUUUUAGUAGUAAUGCUAUUCAUGUAAUAAAUUAUUUACUCUGUAACUGAACCUUUGAAGCAAAAGGUGUUCUUUAGUCACCGGAUGUGUUUAUAAGUUGUUUGGCAUCACUCUAGUAUAACUCAGUGAUGAUUGCCGCUGCACAUCAAGCACAAAAUGUUCACUAAUUAAUUGUUAUUUAAAGUCAUUGCUGACCUUAAAUAAUGAAUGAGACAUGCAAAGAAGUUAUUAAUGUUGAUCUAGACUUGUUACUUAUGCUGAAGAGAAUUUCUUUAUUAAUAAAAUGUGAUUUUACCUAAA